AACCACUACAAUCAACCAUUCCAUAAAACAACAUAUAUACAAACUAAGGAUAUUAAAUUAAUUUAAAUCAUCAUGAAGGUUGUUGCAGUUCUAGUUCUAGUUGCGCUAGCCAUGGUUCAGCUAACAAUGGCUAGGCGAUCCGGCGGUCAGGGCGGGGUCACUUGUGGUCAAGUCGAUGCAACGUUGGCACCAUGCGUGCCAUUCCUGACUCAGGGUGGUGAGCCUGGUGCAGCCUGUUGCAGUGGGGUGAAAACUUUGAAAGGAAUGGCUCAGUCCAUUGAUGAGAGAAGGACUGCUUGUAACUGUGUUAAGGCUGCAGCGAAUCGAUACACCAACCUUAAAGAUGAUGCUGCUCAGGCUCUCCCCGGAAAGUGCGGUGUAGCCCUCGACAUCCCUAUCUCCAGGACCACCAAUUGUGACGCCGUGGCCAGUCAAGCAAGCACCUUCACUUGUGGUCAAGUUGAUGCUACGUUGGCACCGUGCGUGCCCUUCCUGACUCAGGGUGGCGAUCCCGGUGCAGCCUGCUGCAGCGGGGUGAAGACCUUGAAAGGUAUGGCUCAGUCCACUGAUGAGAGGAGGACUGCUUGCAACUGUGUCAAGGCUGCAGCGAACCGAUACGCCAAUCUUAAAGAUGACGCUGCCCAGGCUCUCCCUAGCAAGUGUGGUGUAGCCCUGGACAUCCCUAUCUCCAGGACCACCAAUUGUGACGCAAUCAGUUAAAUCAGCUGCGUGGUUCGGGGAAUAAUGCGAGGGAGUUUCGUAAUGGUGUUAGUUUGGUUUAGUUUAGUUAUAUUAUAUAUGUAUUAAAUAAACCAAGGGUUGUUAAUCCCUUCAAUGUUGUAUGUAUAGUAUACUCAAUUACCAUGCAGUAAUUUGAGUAUUUUACUGUUUCGUUUUGAGCUAGUUAUGCUCCUUUUUCAUCA